GUGACCAUCUCUCACGCUUUGGUCCAGAAGGACAAUCCUGCCUCGAUUUCGAAGGACCGCAACGACUUCACCACUACGUUGCACCUCCGGACGGACAACGUCAAGAUCGGCAACCUUAAUAUCGCCAACAUGGCAGGCAAGAUCAACGCCGUCUCGGUUGUCGGCACCAAUUCCGGCUUCUACGCUUGCUACUUCACGGGCUAUCGGGACGCGCUUUACGCGAACAAGGGCGCCAAUCUGUACGCCAAGUCGUACAUCAGCGGUGUGGAAGACUUCAUCUUCGGGCAGUACGCGAGUGCAUGGUUCGAGUCGUGUGACAUCGUGUCGAUCGAUGCGGGUCAUAUCACGGCUAAUGGCCGUGACUCCGACACCAACCCGUCCCAGUACGUCUUCAACAACGCGCACGUGUCCGGCACGGCUAAACCUGGAUCAGUCUACCUCGGUCGCCCGUGGCAGCCCUACGCUCGUGUCGUCUUUCAGAACAGUAAACUUGUCAAAGUUGUCAACCCUGCUGGCUGGGAGUUGUGGGAAGACAACAACACCGCCAACAUUUACUUCGAGGAGUACAACAACAGCGGGGCUGGCGCAGCUACGGAUGAUCGAGCGGAUUUUAGUAGAGUGUUGGCGAAACCUGUGGCUAUCGCUGACGUUCUCGGUGAGAACUACGAGAUUGCGGGGCGGGUUGAU